AUGACUGAACGUGUUAUAUAUGAUGCUGGUCUAUCGAGCUAUGCAACUGCUCCUCACCCUAGCUCCUCCCAAUCCACCAAGAGCAGACAAGCUAGAAUGGAGGCCAUCCAAUGGGGAGUUCUCAACCAGAUCAGCUUGGGAGGUGUUGAAGUAGAGGAAACCGGUGGUAGGAUGUUGGCACAUUGUGUGGUACCCCAAGGCUAUUCCCUGAGUUAA